AUGAGCUUACCACCAUCUAGAAUACCUUCUCUUUACAAAGACUUUAGAAGUUUGGAAAAUUUAAACUCUGAUGGGUAUAAGGCAAAUAUCGAGACAUGGAAGGAAUUCUUUAACCGAAAGUACCUUUUUGACAAGGUAGUAUUUAGAUGUGGGGAGAGCUUACUGCAAAAUCUGUCUUUAGAGAAUUAUGGGAGACCGAAAAGUAUCGACGUUGUGCUUGAUCAAUUGGUUGCGAAUGGCUCUAUCAAGUGCUUGGACCUGUUCCUUAACGAGAAUAGCGCUGUGGAAGGGAAGUCCAACGGGUUUUCCAAUUACUUCAAGUGGUUUGGUUUAAAAUUCACCCGUUCACGGUCGUUUACUACGCGGCAGAACGAGGGAACGUCAUACUUGAAAGAGGUUAAAUUCAUUUCUAUGAAUGCUCUAGAAAAGCAGUAUCAAAUGAUAUAUAAUAGAAUACGAGAGAGGAUAACAAAAUAUGCGACAGGUAUCACCGAUAUUGUAUUCAAUGUGCCCCAGUUUUGGACAAAACUGGGUAUGGAUGACAUGUUUCCUUCGGAUAGUGAGAGCUUGGAUGUCAUACUGUUUUAUUUGGAGAACAAACGGCACGUUAUUGAACGUGAGGGGGGAGUUAUUAAGCUUGUUGACCCUGUUCUUGUCGGGGAUCUUUCCGGAGAUUUUUCCUCCAAUAUUACAGAAAAUGAUAGGCGUAUCGUGGAUGUUAAAAAUGGGAUCGACAACAUUGAGACUCAGAUUGCAAAACUGAGGAAAGAGAUAGGUGCACUGCAGUCCAGAGAAGAUGAUGCCUCAUUCAAACUACUAAGCGAAAAUUCCCGUAAGCAGCACAAGCGGUCAAAACUGCUCUCUUUGAAAUACUUGAACAGACUGCAUCAGUACUUGGAUAAUUUGAAAACUGUGAAAAGUCAGAUAGACAAUUGUUUGACAAAUCAAUUGAUCUUUGAUACUUUAACCGACUCGAAAGAGGUUAUCAGUUCGAUAAAUAAGUACGUUGGUUCCAUUGACAAGGUUGGGCAGCUGAUGGAUGAGUUGAAUGAAGAGAAUGAGAAGACAGAGGAGAUUGGCGAUGCAUUGGCCAAUACAAACACCACAAGGGAGGAUGCUGUGAAUGAGGAAUUGGAAAAAGAGUUGUUGGAACUACAAGAGGAAGAAUUGAAGACCAGUGACGAUAAGGCAGUGGAGAAAGUGACUGAAAAAUUUCAUGAUUUGGACAUUAAAGGGAAGAAACUUCCCGAUUUACAAGAUGUAUCUGACAGUAGAGUGUCGCCCGAUAUCGAGGAAGCCGAAAAACAUCUAAUUCCUGAAUCAUAA